GUCAUGCGCGCACAAGUGAUGUCAUGGACCUGUCAGUCAGGUUUCCUCGCUCAAUCUCCGCCCGAUUGUCUGCCUUUUGGACAACGGGAAAACUGGUGUCUUAUCCGCUCUUGGCAUCAUCGUAGGGGUGGCGGGGUUUGGCCUAAGGUCGUCCGUCAAACAGUCCUGCAUGCAGCGUCAUUGCCCACAUGUCUCCGCCAAACCGGUUGACAAACUCCGCGUCCUCGUCCUAUUCCCGGAAAAAGUAGCGAACUGUAUAUAUCUCCAGGCCGUUGCGUUAAGCAGGCGCGAGAGCCGAUAGUCUCAACAGAUCCCCGCGAGAAGUAGUGUAUAUAAGUAGGCUAAGGUCGACGAGCGUAGUAGCUCGCCUCCCUCGUAGCAAUCAAUCCACUCACGAGCAGCUUCUCAAACUUCGUGUUGUCGCCCACUUAUCCGGUCUCCAUCUCCGCAACCUCAUCGAAUCAUGCCUCGUUAUCUGGGUUGGGGCUGGUUACCGCUCUGCGCAACGCUCGCUUGGUCUGCUACAAUCCUGACAUUGCUAAUAUUGUGGACUGCAAAUGGUACACCGCAUUACAAGCAGGAUGAUGCUGACAUCGUUUACAUCUCUGAUGUUGGCGCAAAAUAUAAAGCCUUCUUUAUCGUCGGCACGGCGACCACAGCGGUCUUCUUCAUCCUAACCCUCAUCACCGAGUACCGCCUCCGCCGCGCCGAACGCCUCGUCACCUUCCACCACCCUCGCGCAAAAUUCGACUCCAUCCUUGCUCUCCUCUUUGGCGCCAUCUCCGGGAUCGCGCUCACCAUGCUCGCCGUCUUCGACGCAAACAACCAUUCGACGGUACAUUGGAUCCUGACGCUGAUCUUCAUUUUCGCGUUGGGCGUCUCGGCCGCGUUCACAGUGGGCGAGCUGAAGCGCUUGUGCCGGAUUGCUAAUGGUGGGGCCAACGGAGCGGUGGGCGUCGAGGCCGGGUACGGCGCAUCACCAUCGUCGACCAUCACACCAUACAACCCGCACUUCGCCCACCAGCUUCGCCGCAGCUUCAUCAUCAAAACCGUCAUCGUCGUCCUCGCCUUCCUCGGGAUCAUCGCUAUGAUCGUUCUCAUGAGCGUUUGCCGCAACAACACAACCACGGGCCGACCCAUAACGGCCAAAUGCAACACCUCACACUCUGCUGCUGCUGUCGUGGAAUGGGCGCUUGCAGUUCUUGCCGCGGUGUACUUUGCAACGCUGGUGUGGGAUCUAAGACAGGCGGUGUUGACGUCGACGAAGGGUGUUGCGAGGCCGGGGACGCAGAUGGGGGAUCAGAGGGGUUCUGUGGCCACGCUUCAACCCUAGGAGUUGAAGCGUGGCUUUGGUCGCUGGACAAAUCACCGCUCGUCGCUCAAUGUCAUCGCUACGUUGCAGUGGUACCAUACCGCCUUCAUCGCACCUUGACAAUCUCAACAUAAACCAUUUCCCAACCUUCGAUACAUGUAGUUUUUUUCACUUUCAUUUCUUUACAUACGCUGUACCAUCAAAACUUCUUUAAUAUACCCAUUACGAGACC